UUAGAAAACCAAAUAACAUACAUUAAAAAAGAACACACAUGUAAUACAAAGACAGUACAUGUUAAAAUAGAUUAUGAUGGAGUGACGCUAUUUUUUGUGGUAAUGUGAAGGCAGGAUGUUUCCUGUUCCUUACGUUCAAGUGAAGUUUCAAACCUCCGCAGCUGUGCCAACCGUACUAACCCCAAGUUUCCACGGCAAAGCAUGAAUGUGAUCACUGACAAUGGGCUAAUAAAUUAAUCAAACUGCUGGGAAAGUCACUUUGAUUCAUUAACAUGGAUGUUAUCAAGAGUCAGACUGUGAACUUCUUUUAAUAUCACUCACGCAAUUUCCAUUUAAAAUGUUUAGAUACAUGAAAAAUGUUAAUUAGAUAAUAAAAACAACAAUCUGUAAAUAACUUGUGGGUUAGAAUUGUGCUAUUUGUUUAACAUUCAAAUAUAUUGUAAAUUCCUUAAGACGUACCCUACAUUGUUUUAUAUAUAUUAAUGAUUACAUAUAUAAUGUACAUUUUUAGUUAAAUGAAUAUCACAGUGCCAUGCAAAUCAAGCUGCAAAAGGCACUUUGCUAUGCAUUACAAUGUACCAACAGCUCAGUUAACCACAUUUUCCAGAGGCAGGUGCUAUUCAAAAACAAAGCCCGCCUCAUGGGGAGGAGCUUCCUUUUGUUUUUCUCUCAUGCUAAAUACAAUUGAUCAUUUAUGCAGAUAUAAGAAAAAGUAUCUUGAAUGAAUACCAAAACAUGUUGCUGAUUCCUCUGAUGCUACUUUUACAACUAGGAUUCCAAGAUGCUGUGAGUGCUGAAAUCCAGCAUGAGAUUCAGAAUGCAAGACUCCAACAGCCAUUUACUUUAAACUGUACCUACAACUGUUCCAGUGGCUUCACUCGUGGUUACUGGACAUGGGAAAACACUCCAGCAUGUAGCAAGUGCCAAUGGAAGCAUAAAAGAUCAAAUUUAGGAGACAUGUGCACUGUGAGCUUGUACAUACCUCAUCUAAUUAUGGAGCAAACGCGUUAUAACUAUUCUUGCCUUGCUGAAGAGAGUGACCGUCCGGGCCUUCCACGUAAAACAGAGCUUCUGGUAACACUGCAAGUUCACGAUGAAUCCGAAGAACAAGUAACACCUCCUAAAGUACUAGCUGAUCCAUCUCUGAGAGUAAAGUUGUAUAGGGGUCAGGUGGAGUCCGAUGAAGUGCUAACAUCAUUAUCUACCAUCGAAGUGAUGGCAGGAACUUCACUCAAACUUCACUGUGUUGCCCUUGAUAACAAACACUGUGAGGUGCAGUGGGUCAGAGAAAAUGGCACCCUCCCCUUGGACAAAAUAACUGCCACCACAUUACAGUGGAGUGAAAUCAAAGCAGAGGAUAGUGGACGAUACAGGUGCCACACCAAAGGGACAUGCACUGACCAGGCUACCACUGUGGAAAUAGAGGUCAUCACAUCGGAUGGAUUCGCCUGGGCCAAGAUCUUUGCAGCUUUUGCAGUGUCUGCAGUAGUUAUCCUGACGGCCCAUCUGGUGUAUCUGUGCUACAGAAAAGGAUGUAAGAUCAUGGAUUCUGCUAACAGAGUCCAUGAAAGGGUUACAUCCAGAAGUGCUGUGGUGAUAAGGCCAAUCGCUCAAGACAGCCAGAGCGAUCAUGAAGUCCCUUAUGCUGACAUUGUGAUCUCUGUGAGAGGAUCCAGCAAUCCGGAUCUAUCUGACACCUUUAACCAGACUUCAAAAAACCAAAGACCGAGAUGGAAGGACGAUGCCAGAGCAGGGCUACUGCACGCUUCAGCUGACAGACUGCACAUCCACUCUAAAGAGGUCACUAGGAAAUUAAGCACAACGUCUGAAUAUGCUGUAAUUACCUACUCCUGUGAGGCUCUUAGUUAGUUACUUCAAAAAACUGCAUAUCUGAUUAAAUAUAGAAGGCAAAAUGUGAAAAUCGUGAAUAGCUGUCUGCCUAAUUUCUGUUGUCUGCAAUUAAAAAACUGUAA